UUUGGCGUAGUCUGUUACAUUUGACUCGACCACCGUUUGUGCUUUUCGCCUUAUUGGAAGUUUCCGACAUUUUCCUCUGGUAUUCAGGGAUUUCCAAUGCGCUGGGCCUCCUGUGGAUGCUGGCUAUACCAAAAUAUAUUUUUGCCUCGCUUUAAUCAACACGUCCGAUAUACUGAGAAAAGCUGCUUCCAUGCGGUGCACUUUGAACAGUUCAACAGGUCGGGAUUCUCUGAAACAGAUUUGGACACCGCAUUUCAUUUGGCUCAAUCAGAGCACGAGAAACGCAAAGAGACGGAGAGUGUUGCUUUACAAACUAAACUCUUCAAUCUUGAGGUUUACAAACCACAUGUCAAUAGUGGUUUCAUUCUGCAACAGGAAGACUUUACAGAUGCAUCGCGCAAAUUACGUCAGAUGUCUGAUUCAUCCUCAGUGGAAACCGAAGAAUUGCUGACUUCUAUGGAGGAAGUCGAUGGCUUGGUGGAGGUCUAUCGUUUUCCGCUAUUGAAUGCUGCUUGUUUGGAUAGACUGAACCACUUGUUGGAUUUGUUCGAUCAACAGGGUUGUAAGCGCGACAAACCGAACACUAUGAAUUAUGGUGGUGUAACCUUGUCCGUUAUUCCUGGAAGUCAAGCCCGAAAUUGUGGCGAACACAAGGUCGAUUGUGGUGGCGCUGAUGUCGAUUUCACAGAGAGUUUGCUGGAUCUUGGAUUGCGCUCAAUUUUGACACGUUUGUUUCCCGAUUUGGGUUUUACCAUUGAUUCAUAUCGAUCGUUCACUGUGGAGUACUCCGAUUCUACUCUUCCUUCUCAUGAUGAUGACCGUCACAAGGACAAAGAACUUGCUGCUCACUACGACAACUCCGAGAUCACAUUAAACAUAUGUUUGCGUCUUACUAAUGGCGGCGGUGGUGGGCGUCUGUAUUUCUGCCAUCGGUCUCCCUACGACGACCCUCUUGAAUUUGCUAAGCCCAUCAAAGAGGUCGAACAUCAACCCGGUUGGGUUAUAAUUCACCGCGGUCGACAUGUGCAUGGUGUCCAUCCCUUCCUCUCGUCAGACGGAAGUUCUCGGCGCAGUAUCAUUGUUUGGCUACGGUGCAGUUCUACGCGGAACAAAAGAUGCCCCCGUUGCUUCCUCACUCCAAAUUUGAUACCCAUGAAAGUGUGGUAUAAUGGGCACGUGAUCAACUGUACAGACCUACCUCCAGAAGUGGAGUCCCAGGGGAAUUUUGUUCGUGCUGGUUUCGGAGAUGGUAUGCUAUUGACCAAUGAGCACCGCAUGUGCACUUCAAUUUGAAUGUCUCCUCUGUGAUAUUAUUUUUUCCUUGCAUCUACUCAUCGGAUCAACGUUUGUGCCAAAGAAUCCAUGUUGUACAACAAACCCGUCUCACCCAAGUAACUUGCUUGAAGAUUUUCUUCACAGGUACUUCAUUCUGCUUUCUCUUGCUGUUUGUUUUGCUGUCACAAUCACAAAUAUUUAAUUUUUUGUUUAUCUGACAACCGACCUUUCGACG